AUGGCGGAGCCGAGCGGCUCGCCCGUGCACGUCCAGCAGCCCCAGCAGGCGGCCCCGGUGGCACCGGCGGCGGCGGCCCCGGCGGCCGCGACAGCAGCGCCGGCUCCGGUGGCACCCGGGGCCCCAGCCCCGGCGGCGCAGGCGGUCGGCUGGCCCAUCUGCAGGGACGCGUACGAGCUGCAGGAGGUUAUCGGCAGUGGCGCUACAGCUGUGGUGCAGGCUGCUCUAUGUAAACCCAGGCAAGAACGUGUAGCAAUAAAGCGGAUCAACUUGGAAAAAUGCCAGACCAGCAUGGAUGAACUAUUAAAAGAAAUUCAAGCCAUGAGUCAGUGCAGCCAUCCCAACGUAGUGACCUAUUACACCUCUUUUGUGGUAAAAGAUGAACUUUGGCUGGUCAUGAAAUUACUAAGUGGAGGUUCAAUGUUGGAUAUCAUAAAAUACAUCAUUAACCGAGGAGAACACAAGAACGGAGUUCUGGAAGAGGCAAUAAUAGCAACAAUUCUUAAAGAGGUUUUGGAAGGCUUAGACUAUCUACACAGAAAUGGUCAGAUUCACAGGGAUUUAAAAGCUGGUAAUAUUCUUCUGGGUGAGGAUGGCUCAGUACAAAUAGCAGAUUUUGGGGUAAGUGCUUUCUUAGCAACAGGGGGUGAUGUUACCCGGAAUAAAGUAAGAAAAACAUUCGUUGGCACCCCGUGUUGGAUGGCCCCUGAAGUCAUGGAACAGGUGAGAGGCUAUGACUUCAAGGCUGACAUGUGGAGUUUUGGAAUAACUGCCAUUGAACUCGCCACAGGAGCAGCGCCUUAUCACAAAUAUCCUCCUAUGAAAGUGUUGAUGUUGACUUUGCAAAAUGAUCCACCCACUUUAGAAACAGGAGUAGAGGAUAAGGAGAUGAUGAAAAAGUACGGCAAGUCCUUUAGAAAAUUACUUUCACUGUGUCUUCAGAAAGAUCCCUCCAAAAGGCCCACAGCAGCAGAACUUUUAAAAUGCAAAUUCUUCCAGAAAGCCAAGAACAGAGAGUACCUGAUUGAGAAGCUGCUUACAAGAACACCAGACAUAGCCCAAAGAGCCAAAAAGGUGAGAAGAGUUCCGGGGUCAAGCGGUCACCUUCAUAAAACCGAAGACGGUGACUGGGAGUGGAGUGACGACGAGAUGGAUGAGAAAAGUGAAGAAGGCAAAGCUGCGUUUUCACAAGAAAAGUCACGAAGAGUAAAAGAAGAAAAUCCAGAGAUCGCAGUGAACGCCAGCAGCAUACCCAAGCAGAUACAGUCCCUGUCUGUGCAGGACCCUCAGGGCUUACUCAAUGCUAGUGAAGACUACAGAGAAGCUUCUUGUGCCGUGAACCUAGUUUUAAGAUUAAGGAACUCCAGAAAGGAACUUAAUGAUAUACGAUUUGAGUUUACUCCAGGAAGAGAUACGGCAGACGGCGUUUCUCAGGAGCUCUUCUCUGCUGGCUUAGUCGAUGGUCAUGACGUAGUUAUAGUGGCUGCUAAUUUACAGAAGAUUGUAGAUGAUCCCAAAGCUUUAAAAACAUUGACAUUUAAGUUGGCUUCUGGCUGUGAUGGGUCGGAGAUUCCCGACGAAGUGAAGCUGAUUGGGUUUGCUCAGUUGAGUGUCAGCUGAUGUCUGUCCCUUGAUGUCGCCCUGAUCUGCCAUGCCUCCCCCUCGCCGUGCCCUCCCCCCAACCUUUCCCUCCCCUGCCACUUCCUCCCACCCCCUAGCAAAAUCAGAGGAUUGUGAAGAGGCCGGCUUCAACAUAACGGGAUAAAAAAAGAAUUUUUUUAAACUUAACAACACUGAGUUCUGCUUUAUUCUAUAGCAACCCACAGUAUGAGAACAAGCAAACACCACAGCUGCACGACUGUUGCUCAUUUUUCCAAAAGCUAUUUAUAUUUAAUACCCUCAGCAGUCAAUUCGGAUCUCCCUUACGUGAAAAGAAUCUGAAACACACUCAGGUGGUCCUAUUUAUUGGCAACGAAAGGAAUUUUUUCUAUCAGAAGCCUAUUUCUUCUCUCAUUGUUGUCCUUCCUUUCUGUUAUAAUACUUUAUUGUACAUCUGACAAUACUGCCUCUUCUGUUGUAUUUAGAAAUUAAUAUAAAAUUAAGAUUUAUUAGCCGAACUUGAA